AUGUCUGAGGCUACCCUGGAUGAGGCUGAGAGCGCGAUUUCCGAGCUAACAACGGAGUAUGAAAACCAAUACACGGAUGCUGAGAACGCAGCUUUCCGCAUUGAGAUGGAUGCGCUUUACGUGCAGCUUAAUGAGUCUCACCGCGAAACUUCUGAAAUACGCUGCAAUACCUCGGCCAGACUCGAGAAGUCGGGAACUUUCCGCGCCCAGGAGGAGGCUGGGGGAAUUGCAGCUGGGUCUGCCUGCGCUAGCACGGGCGUCGCGGUGGCAAACCUGGAGCCUGCUCUCAGCGCUGCCAAUGCCGCACAUAAUGAGUCAAUGGCCACUCUCGCCGAGGCCAAGCACAAUGCCGAGCGUGAGGCUGAGGCUGCUCGCAGUGAGGCACUUGAGCUUCACGCAAAGCUCGCGGAUACGAGUUGCACUGCUAGUCAGCUUGAGGCAAAGAACUCAAUUGCCCAACAGAAGCUAACUGACCUCAACAAGCAGCUGGACAAUACCAAGCAGCAGAACAAGCUGCUGCAAGACCAGGUACAAGAGCUGCAGCGCGGCGCCAAGAAGCACGUCCUGGACCUCGAUGAAAUGCAUAGCAAGCUUCUGUGUCUGAGGAAGACAGUGGCAAAAUACCGCGUGGCCGCGGCUGGUGGCCACAUGUGCAUCUACUGUGUUGCUACACUUGGCAAUACCAUUGCAAGCGAGCUGGCCAGACACUGA